CAACUUUUAAACUUAUAACACUCACCAUUUUCCAUUUUUUCUUCCCACCAAUCAGUUAGGCCGAAGAGGAAAAUUUCUCGAACAAUUUUUCUGGAGGAUUAAUGGCUCAAGCUAUGGCUUCUAUGGCCGGAUUACGUGGCACCUCUCAAGCUGUUCUGGAAGGAAGCCUUCAGCUCAGUGGUUCCGGCAGGUUGAGCACCUCCGGCACCGCCAGGAUUGCCCUGCCCAGGACUGGAUUCAGUGUCAGAGCUCAGCAAGGAGCCUGCGGUGAUGCCUCCGAAACCAGCCGUCGUGCUAUGCUAGGAGUUUUGGCUGCCGGGAUUGCUUCCGGUUCCUUUGUUAAGGCUGUCCUGGCUGAAGGCGCUUCUUCCAUCAAGAUUGGACCACCACCACCACCUUCCGGCGGAUUGCCUGGAACUUUGAACUCUGAUGAGGCUAGAGACCUUGAACUACCACUGAAGGAUCGGUUUUACCUUCAGCCUCUCACCCCUGAAGCUGCAGCAGUCAGAGCAAAGGAAUCUGCUAAAGAAAUCCUCAAUGUGAAGGAAUUCAUUGACAAGAAGGCUUGGCCUUAUGUCCAGAAUGACCUUCGUCUAAGGGCCGAAUACCUUCGCUAUGAUCUCAACACCGUUAUUGCAGCUAAACCCAAAGACCAAAAGAAAGAACUCAAACUCCUCGCUACAAAGCUUUUCAAUACCAUUAGUGAGUUGGAUCAUGCUGCGAAGAUUAAGAGCACCCCUGAAGCAGAGAAGUACUACUCAGCAACUGUAUCUACCUUGAAUGAUGUUCUAUCAAAGCUUGGUUAAUUAAUUAGGCAGAAUUUUGUGCCCAAUGUACCUACUUGUUGGUGUAAGUUUGUAUUUGAGCAACAACAUUCUGAUGAUACCUUUCAAAUUGAAGUUGUCAAUUAAUGGGGUGUAGGUAAUAAGAGUAUGAUUAAAACAAAUGUUCGGUUGGACUUUAAUUUUCCAGAAAAACAUCCGCAAAGUGCACCACAUUAUCCACCGAUUUAUUCAUAACUUGCUAUAAUAAAAGAUGCCCCAACGUGUAUAACAUGAAUCAAUACAUAUGCAACAAAAUAAUAAUUACAAAAGUUUAAGGAAAUAUAAUCCCAAAAUAGCUGAAAAAUCCUGAAGUGUGGCCCCUGUAGAUUGUUGUUUCAUGCAUUUACUUGACGCAAUAUCUGAUUCCACAACCGAAACAUGAAAACACUUUUGAUAUAAACGUACUACUAUCUCCACAUUUACUUGUUUCACUGCUGGAUAAAAAAGUUGCAUAGUUCCUCC